UUAAAAACACGGUCAAGUUUGAACGUCGAACGCGUUCAUUUCGUCCGAUUAUUUCUCGUUUAACGGUAACUAGUGCGUAAAUUAUGCGAAUACAUUAAUUAUUUUGCAAAAACUCGUUUAAGCGGAAACACGAUAUUGUUAUAGAAACGCGUUCGAAACACUCUUACAUAUAUUUUGAUAUUACCAAGUUGACCUUCAUAAGAACGACAUGUGGUUUUUAUCAUGGAUAAUAAUUGUACUAUUGUCGAUAAAGAUCUUCAACAAGCUCUCAACGGGAAGAUGUUACAUGGACACCGUAAUGAGCGGGAAAGUUGUUGUCGUGACCGGAGCCAGCGGCGGCAUAGGGUUCGAGACGGCUCUCGAACUGGCGAGGCGGGGCGCAAAGUUGAUAAUCGCUUGCAGGAGCCACGAGAAAGGGGAGAAGGCCGUUAGAAAAAUUGUAAAAAUAACAAAUAACAAACGAAUCCGUUUCAUACAUUUGGAUUUGACGUCGUUGAAGUCAGUGAGGAGUUUCGUAGACGAAUUAAAAGCGACCGAAGUGAAAUUGGACGUUCUAAUAAAUAACGCCGGAGCGAUUUGUACGACUCGAGAACGAACCGAGGACGGUAUACUGAAAGAUCUGCAAAUCAAUUAUUUAGGACCUUUUCUGUUGACCGUAUUACUAGUACCCAUGUUAAAAAACGCUGCACCGAGUCGUGUCGUUGUCGUGUCGUCGUCGUGGCACAAGUUCGGUACCGUUGACAACUUGAACAGUGAAAAGUACGGAUACAUCCAGUCAUACGCUAACACAAAGCUGUGUAACGUGUUAUUCAGCAAAGAGUUGGCCAGAAGACUUGAAGGUACAGGAGUAGACGUCAACAGCUUGAACCCUGGGCAGGUCAAUACGUCAUUGUACAGAAGCUCAACCGUGCUGGAGAAGAUUAGAAGUCUGUUGCUUUAUUCUUUCUUCAAAACACCCGAGGAGGGAGCUCAGACGUCAAUAUAUCUGGCCGUUUCGCACGAGUGUGAUCAGAUCAGCGGGGAGUACUUCGAGGAUUGCAGACAGGCUAAGGCUUCGUACAGGGCUGAUGACGAGGAGGUGGCUUUGAAACUGUGGGCGAUGUCGCAGGAACUUGUCAAACUGACGCCGGACGAAAUGAAUGCAUGUUUCAGUGAUGUGGUUUCAUGAUUCGAAGCCGAACUAUGCCCAUUUUUGAUGUAUUUUUUAAUACUUUACAUAAACAGUGGACAUUAUAUAUAUAUAUAUAUAUAUAUAUAUAUAUAUAUAUAUAUAUAUAAUACACUGGUGUAACGAAUAAGGCUGUAUAUAUGAUAUAAAAUAAUUGUAGCACCUUCUCAUCUUUUCUUUAUUACGUUAAAUAGUUUUAUCAAAGUAAAGAAAGGUUUAUCAAAAUCUGUUCGCAUUAUAAAAUUACCCAUUAUAAGUAUAAAUAUAUGUGUAUAUGUGUGUGUAUGAUAAUAGUGAACUGCUUAGAUAUUACUUCUGUACCGUGUCAUAGAAUGUAUUAUGUUUUAGCAAAAAACACACACAUAGCUUGUUAGAGCGUUGUUAAGUUCUAGACUAAAAUACAAAACGAUUCAGCAGUAAAUAAUAACAAAAAAAAGUAAAACGUAUAUUAGUAACACAAAAAAAAAAAAAAAAUUAUCCAAAAACCGAACACAUAAAAAAAUUAUAUAUUUUAUUGACGAUCAACUAUUGUUUAAUAGAAAUAAAGUAUCUUAUAUGUGUGUGUUGAUUAAUUAGCUCGACAGGCUGUUACGGACAAACGCACCCAAACGCAUUUUAUUAUCGAGACAGGGGACACACACACACCGGGUUGCGGUGCGAAGACGGUUUUUCUCACUUUUCACACACGAUUAUACGAGUAAAUUAAAAUUAUCGAUAUACGAGAAUGUUAACUGAUGAUUGCGAGUUUACAUCCAAAAAAUUACAAGUUGAAUUUUCAUGUGCUUAAUAUUUGUUUAUAAUCAAUCUAAUGCUCGACAGUGAAGGGAAAGACCAUGAAAGGAAAUGCCUGUGUCUACAUUCGUAUCCAACCCAUAUUGGAACAGCAUGAUAAGCUCCGAAAAUUCUCCUUAAAAAUGGAGACGAGGCCUUAGUACAGCAUUUAGAGCUUGAUACUUUGCUUAAUUAUUAUUUUUGUUUAAACGUCACAUAUAUGCAUCGUGAGAAUGCUAUAUGCAGCAAGUGCCUGUGUGAAUGCUAAAGGUAUCGCGCGAUUCGUCCAAAAAAAAUUUCUAUUUAUAAAAAAAAAAUGUUAUUAAUUUAAUUGAUUCUAACGUAUUCAAUUAUAGAUUUAAAUAAAAUUGAAUUAAUAAAAUGUUUUUAUGAAAUUAUUAUAUAUUUGUAACGAAAUAUAUAUUAUAUAUUUGGACCGACGACUAGAACGAGUCGCGGGAAGCCGUUGGAUGCGGGCAGCGCAAGAUCGGUCAACGUGGAAAUCCUUGGGGGAGGCCUUUGUCCAGCAGUGGACGUCUUUCGGCUGAUAUGAUGAUGAUGAUGAACAAAAUAUUUAUAAAUGUGAAAAUUAUGCAUACUCGUUCAAUUACACAAAGAAUACGAGGAAAUAUUAUAAUCACAUUAAAAAUUCACUUGUAUUUAAAGAGAUUUUAAACCGCAAUCAUCGUUUAAUGUCUACGUUCCGAGGUCGCUCGUAUUAUUUAUCAUAAAUAUUAAUUAAUGAACCCAUUAUAUAUCUUUAUUAGCAAUUAACAUUUGAACUUCAUUACACUUAAUAGGUUACCGGUAUAGAAUUCCCAGUGAGCUGGGACUGUAUAUAUAUAUGCAUUAAUUAAUAUUAAUUACGAGUACAGUAAAUUUCCGAUUAUCCGAAGGUAGAUUGUGUCGAUAUAUAUCGCCGGGUAAUAUCAUAAAAAUGUAGACCCAGGUGCAGGUAUAUUUCGCAACAUUGCGUUGUUUAUUCUAAAGUAUAAUCUUGUAUUGGAUCAAUAAAAUGCUACUGGAGUGUUUGUGUCAAUUCUUAAGUGUAAAUAAGAUACAAAAAGAGAAGUAUAUGAAAUAAUCGUGCAAUAUUUACGUAUUUCCGUUUUUUAGUAAAUAAAACAUAUUAAAAGCACUUUCGGGCACAAUCGGGAAGUCACUGUAUAUCGAGAAGCUAGUCUGUGGUAGGGGGGGGGGGGGCGUAUAGUCGUGUGGGAGGAGUGAGCGGGCUCACCGCGUCUCGCUCGCGCUUGUCCAGCACGAGGAAGGGCGCGAACUGGCGGCAUUCGCACGACACCUCCAUCUGCAGCGCGGACCGGGCGAUAAUCGCACACGUGAGAAAACAACUCGACCUUACAUUACACUCAACUCUCCAAGCUAUUGGUCUGUCUAUUUUGUAUAGCCAAUAAGAGGACUUUUGAGACACUCAUCUAUCAAUAAAUAAUGAACUUAAGUGGAGCUGUGAAGAUGUCUGAAAUGUGUAUAAGUACUCACGGGGUGCGGGUGCGGCAGGUAGGCGGGCGGCUGCUGCGCCACCAUCGCGUAGGCGGGGACGGCCGCCACCUGCACGACCAACAAUUUUAUGAGAACAAUUAUCCUUACAAAUGAGUGUGAACUGACCAUGUGCGUCGGCGGCGGCGGCGCGGGCACGUAGCUGACGCCGGCGCCCAUGACGCCCACGCCGCCCAGCCCCGCGCCCACGCCCAUGCCCACGCCGCCCACGCCCACCGGCGUGCCCGGCGUGUGCGGUCUGGAACAGUACAUACUACGCUAAUUUUACGACCUAUAAUAUUUCUUUAUUUUUGUGUCAAAUUUCAUCAUUCGUUUCGAGAUCAGUGUAAAUUAAAAAUAUCUACCUCAUGGAUGGAUAUUUACAUGCCAUACAUUAUAUACUGAGAAUUGAAAGAAUGCAUAUUAUGCAGUCACGUUUACAUCAGUUUAAAAUAUAUUUUUAAAUGGU